CUGGCCGUGGCAGUGUGUUGGGUUGAAGUGUACUGCGGGAGGAGGAAGAUGGAAGUUGUGCGGACUUAGUGCGGGUUCCGGAGUUUCUUGUGGGUUUUAUCGGUGUGGAGGGUGAGAGCGUACACAGCAACCAUGGAGCAGCCGGCGCCGAAGAGCAAACUUAAAAAGCUGAGUGAAGACAGCUUGACGAAACAGCCAGAAGAGGUCUUUGAUGUUUUGGAAAAGCUUGGCGAAGGCUCAUAUGGAAGCGUGUUUAAAGCCAUUCACAAAGAGUCAGGCCAGGUCGUCGCAAUCAAGCAAGUUCCUGUGGAAUCAGACCUUCAAGAAAUUAUUAAGGAAAUCUCUAUUAUGCAGCAAUGUGACAGCCACUAUGUAGUCAAGUACUAUGGCAGCUAUUUUAAAAAUACGGACCUGUGGAUAGUUAUGGAAUAUUGUGGAGCUGGCUCUGUCUCAGACAUUAUAAGACUGCGGAAUAAAACGUUAACAGAAGAUGAAAUUGCUACAAUACUUAAAUCUACACUGAAAGGGCUUGAAUACUUACAUUUCAUGAGGAAGAUCCACAGAGAUAUAAAGGCAGGAAAUAUCCUGCUGAACACAGAAGGUCAUGCCAAGCUGGCUGAUUUCGGAGUGGCUGGACAGCUAACGGACACAAUGGCAAAACGCAAUACAGUAAUAGGAACCCCAUUUUGGAUGGCUCCUGAAGUGAUACAAGAGAUUGGGUAUAACUGUGUGGCUGAUAUCUGGUCACUGGGAAUUACGUCUAUAGAAAUGGCUGAAGGAAAGCCUCCAUAUGCAGACAUACAUCCAAUGAGGGCAAUAUUUAUGAUUCCCACAAAUCCACCACCUACUUUCAGGAAACCUGAGCUGGGGUCAGAUGAAUUCACGGAUUUUGUUAAGAAGUGUCUGGUGAAGAACCCAGAACAAAGAGCCACAGCCACACAGCUCCUGCAGCACACGUUCAUAAAAAAUGCGAAACCUGUGUCGAUUCUGAGAGACCUCAUCACUGAAGCUAUGGAAAUCAAGGCGAAAAGGCAUGAGGAACAGCAGAGGGAACUGGAAGAGGAAGAUGAAAAUUCAGAAGAGGACGAGUUGGACUCUCACACAAUGGUCAAGACCAGUUCUGAGAGUGCGGGAACUAUGAGAGCGGCUAGCACAAUGAGCGAAGGAGCUCAGACCAUGAUUGAACAUAAUAGCACCAUGCUGGAAUCAGAUUUGGGGACCAUGGUUAUAAACAGUGAUGAGGAAGAGGAAGAGGAAGAAGAGGACGGCACGAUGAAGAGAAAUGCAACUUCUCCUCAAGUGCCGCGGCCUUCAUUUAUGGAUUACUUCGAUAAACAAGACUCCAAAAAUAAGCCUCAUGAGAACCACAACCAGAAUGUCCAUGACCAGUUCCAUAUAUCCAAGAAUGUGUUUCCCGACAACUGGAAGGUUCCUCCAGAUGGCGACUUUGACUUUCUUAAAAAUCUGAGUUUUGAGGAGCUGCAGAUGAGGCUGAAAGCUUUGGACCCAAUGAUGGAACGGGAAAUUGAGGAACUGCGGCAGAGGUACACAGCAAAGAGGCAACCCAUCCUGGACGCUAUGGACGCCAAAAAGCGCAGGCAGCAGAACUUCUGACAGGGGCUGUUCCUGUUCACAAUAACCUUAUACACACGGACUUGAGUGCUUUUUAGGAACUCCUGAAUUCAAACCUGUGGUCACCUCACACAAAUGCUUUUCCCAGCAGAACCAUGAAAAUGUGUUUUAUCUCUGCACAGGCAUUAACAAUGUUCUCUUGCUCUCGACUUGAGCGGUCUGUAAAGCAGGGCUACAAGUAGUAUCUUAAGUCCUACACAUCACCCUUUGUGCACACUUUUCCCUUUGUUUUCAUCUUAUCAUUUACCUGUUUUGGUUGCUUAUAUAGUGGAGCCCUGUCUGUGCAUGUUCUGUUGUUACAGGUGAAUCAAACUCUCAGAUUCAGAAGAGGAAGAACUCUUACAAGCAAACCACCUGUGUCUGUAUGUGGAGAUAACAGCCAGCAUAAUCUUUUACUAUUUCAUAUCAAUAUUUCAGGGAAGUGUUUGCACCUUGGUAAAUAUUAAUUUGCCUUAAAGUUACAACUUAUCUAUUUAUUUCUUUGUGUUACAUCUGAGUGUGGCUUACAUUAGGGACCAAACUAUGUUCCAUGCUUA